AUGGCUUCCCAAGGCAGGCCAGCAGCCUUCUACAUCCAUGUGCCAAAAUUGAGGGGAGGAGCACCUGCAUUGCAUGUGCACUGUCCAGACGUGCAGCAGCCUGAGUCCACAGUUCAGUUCCUUCUGAAGAGAGUGAAGACAAGAGUGACCCUAGAACCGCAUGAGUACGGUAUGCCCAAUGGCAUGGUUGAGGUUCGGUUCCAGGACAGCCCUGACCCUGACGAAUACGAGAGCGACUUCAGCUUGGAACUGCUGCACCUCGUGCUCUCACCAAAUGGAGAGCCGAUUAAAAGCGGGCGCACUUGGCCGCACCUAUGGGCCAUACUGAGCGCGACCCCAGCGGCUGAUGCUGUUAUGCCCCAGCUGCCAGUAAGAGAGGAGGGGACACGUGCUGCAGAUAUGGUCCAGCAAACAGGCCCCUUCCCACAACAACAGGCCCCUAUGCCCCAGCAAACAGGCCCUCUCCCACAGCAACACGGCCCUAUGCCCCAGCAACAAGGCCCUAUGCCCCAGCAACACGGCCCUAUGCCCCAGCAACAAGGCCCUAUGCCCCAGCAACAAGGCCCUAUGCCCCAGCAACAAGGCCCUACCCCGGCUUCCCCGUCGAAAGGACCUACAGCCCCUGCAAACCCCGGUGCCAGAGUAUUGCCACAGGAGGACAUGCUGCAAAACUUGGCACCGGGCGCAGUCUUCCAAGCUGAGACGUCGGGUCGGGCCCAAUCCACGCCGCUGGAGACCCCCCCAGACACAACAACGCAUGGCCUGCCAUUGCCGACGGAGCCCCUACAGCCAGUAGAGGCCGCAACCCCUUUUCCUGUGGGCCUGCAGGACACUGCAAACGUUGGUGGUAGGAAUAGGGAUGCAGAAGCAAUGUGUGGCGACCAACGGGGAGUUGAGAGGCCGCCCCCGACGUUUCACACCAGCCACGACUCAAGGGAACCCCAAGAACGGCACAGCUCGUUUAGGUUCUGGGGGAGUGAUCGUGAGGCUGGGGGGCUGAGAAACGCUGCAGAAGAGCAGAUUAUCACCCCUGCUCAGCUUGAUUUUGGAGACGAGGACGAACCGAGUCAGAUUGGGGAAAAGGGUUCGAGGGAGCCUGGUGGGGGGGGCGGUGGCAAUGCUGACGGUGAAGCGGAAGCGCAAAGAGGAGCUCAAGAUCAAGGCAAAGAAGGAGCAGUGGAACAGGGAGGAAGAAGCAUUGAUGGUGGAGACCGGAGAGAGCAUCUUUUGGAAGAAGUGGCUCACGAGGUGAUGAAGAAGCGGGGGCGGCAACUGGACUUUGAGAGUAGUGCGGCGGCGGCGGCAGGGCAGCAGAAAGGCGGCAAUGAGAUGAGUGGAGGCCCGGGAGCAAAAAGGAGGAAGCAGACGGGGGAAGCGGAGGGGUACCGUUCUUCGCAGGGGAGGGAAGGUGGGGGAAACGGAGGAGCUGUGACUGAUCGAGAAGCGCAUGAGGAGGCAUCAGAGUCGGAGGACGGCGGCGAAAGCGGUGGUGGAGCUCUUGAUACCGUGAGCGGGGCGAGAGGCGGGGGCACUGCUGGGGGGAAAAGGGGGCGGGGAUCUGCUGCGGGGGGAAGGGGUCGUGGGACUUCCACCAGAGGGGGGUCAGGUACAGGGGCCAGGGGACGUGGUGGUUUGACAAGGGGGGAUGCAACUAGGGGGGAAAGAGGAAGAGGCUGGUCUGCUGGGGACAGCGGACGUGGCAAGAGCAGUGACCAAGAGGAGGAGGCGGGUAGGGGGCCUGGUAGUGGUUUUAGGGGGAGGGGGGGGAGAGGACCGGGAAUGGAGACAAGAGGGCGCGGAAUGGAUUCCGGGGGGAGGGGCCAUGGCGCCGCACGGGCCGCUGGGGAGAGUUCCGCGAACUCAGGUGACGCACAUGGCGUUCUCUUUCAGGAUUGGCUUACAGAAUUGGUAUCAGUACGGGAAGCAGCUCGGAACGAUAAGCGAGUCGGAAAAGUGGGGGGGGCUGGGUUCAAUAUCGAGAGGAAAGGGGGCCCCAAGAGCAAGGAAGAGUUGAUGCGAGAAAGGCUGGGUUUGAUGGAAAAGUGA